AUGCCAUCACCAAAACCACACCACUGAACUCUCACACUUCAGUUCAUUGUAAUAAUUUCACAUAAAAAAUGGCUUCAGCUUCCACCACCAUUACCUCCUCCUUCCUCUCAACCCCUUCUUCUCUCACAGAGAAACCUUCCUCAUUCAACCAAACCCUAAGCCUCGGUUUCAAACCAAGACACUCCAUCUCCGUUUCUGCAUCAGCUGCACCUUCACCACCACCCUCCUAUGAUCUCAACGCCUUCAAAUUUGCUCCGAUCAAGGAGUCAAUUGUGGCACGUGAGAUGACUCGUAGGUACAUGACGGACAUGGUGACUCAUGCCGAUACCGACGUCGUCAUCGUUGGUGCUGGUUCUGCUGGUUUGUCAUGUGCUUAUGAGCUUAGCAAGAAUCCUAACGUUAAGAUCGCUAUCAUUGAGCAAUCUGUGAGUCCUGGUGGUGGUGCUUGGCUAGGUGGCCAACUCUUCUCUGCAAUGGUUGUGCGUAAGCCAGCACAUCAUUUCUUGGACGAGCUUGAAAUUGAGUAUGAUGAACAGGACGACUAUGUAGUGAUCAAGCAUGCUGCUCUCUUCACUUCCACCAUCAUGAGCAAGCUACUAGCAAGGCCAAACGUGAAGCUUUUCAAUGCUGUAGCUGCUGAGGAUUUGAUUGUGAAGAAUGAAAGAGUUGGUGGUGUUGUCACUAACUGGGCUUUGGUUUCAAUGAACCAUGACACUCAAUCCUGCAUGGACCCAAAUGUUAUGGAGUCUAAAGUUGUGGUUAGCUCUUGUGGCCAUGAUGGUCCUUUUGGAGCCACUGGUGUGAAGAGGCUCAAGAGUAUUGGUUUGAUUGAUACCGUGCCUGGAAUGAAGGCCCUCGACAUGAACACUGCCGAGGAUGCUAUUGUUAGGCUCACUAGGGAGGUUGUUCCUGGAAUGAUAGUAACUGGCAUGGAGGUUGCUGAGAUUGAUGGUGCUCCAAGAAUGGGUCCAACAUUUGGAGCAAUGAUGAUUUCAGGACAGAAGGCAGCUCAUUUGGCCUUGAGAGCACUGGGACUUCCAAAUGCUGUGGAUCAUGCAGGAAAUAUUCACCCUGAGCUUGUCCUAGCUGCUGCUGAUUCUGCUGAUAUUGCAGAAGCUUAAUUAUUGUUACCAUAUUAACUAUUUAGUUAAUAGUAUCGAAGUGCUAGUAACCAGAAAUAAAACUUUGUCUUUGUUGUUUGUUAGUAGUGAUUAUGGGCAGGUUGAUGUGACUCUGUAUGAGCUUUUUUGUCAUUAAUAUGAAUGAAUGUGUUUGCCAA